UAAAACCCGGAGGUGUUUAGCGGACGGAACAGUAAACACAGGUCGAGGCCUAGUUCUGUGUUUGGUUAGGUAAUUCUAGCUGUUUGUUGGUAGAAUGGUGUCCCACCGGCAGGCCCGAGUGUGGAGGUAUGUGGAGGAGGGCAAUCUACUGAAGCUGAAGUCGUACCUCCGAAAGCACCCGGACCUUGAUGUGAACUUCUCCCAGGGAAAGAUGCGGAGGAGCCCGCUGCAGCUAGCCUGCUCCCUGGAAGACGACGCUGUGCUGCGGCUCUUGCUCAAACGCGGAGCCGAUGUUCUCCACAGGGACCGACGGGGAAACACGGCGCUGCACAUCGCCGCCAACAUGGCGUUCGUUAACGGGAAAACUGUUUAUGAGGACUUGUUCGUACCUCUCAAGAAAAAAUGCCCAGAAGCUUUGAAUGCCCCAAACAAAGCUGGACUUACACCGCAAAACGUGCUGGACUUGAUGAAUGAUUCACAGACUGCAGAAAGCAUGAGUCAUCCACCUGAGGCAGAUCCUGAGCAGGACUGGAUGGGGAAGCUGAUCGGUGCAUGCGAGGACGAAUAUUUUGAAGCCUUUGGAGCAUAUGCUGAUGAUUACCUACCUGUCGACGAAGAAGAGGAAGACUUUGGGGACUGGGCGGAUCGUAUCAGAGGAGAGUAUUUCAACAAGAAACACGCCGAAGCUCAAAGACUGGCAAGCUCGUCUUCCAAGUGGAAAAAAGAAAAGAGGAAACAAAAAGUGGAAAGCAAUAAGGAGCUGCAUGAAAGGUUGCAGAGAGAACACGAGGAGUACCUGGCUCGAGCGGCACGCAAAGAGGAAGAGAUCCGGCAGGGAAAGAAACGGCAGUACGAUGAGAAAUGUGCCGCCACAUUCAGCACAGCCGCCUCAGGAUCAGUAGACAGGAAGCUGAGCUACAGCGACAUCCCCUGGCCAGCUCCCAAGGGCACCGUCCGGGAGAUGCUGGACGUGAUGCUGCACGGCGUGGACCGAAAGGACAAGGCGACGUUUCGCAAGGUGCUCCGGAAGCAACAGACGCUGUGGCAUCCCGAUAAGUUUGCUCAGCGGUGUGAAGCUCGACUGGAGGGGAAGGACAAGCAGCGGAUUCUGGACACGGUGACGGCUCUGUCGCAAGAACUCAAUAGCCUGGCUCAGAGUCUGAAAGCUUAGAAGUCAUAAAACUUAUCACGUGUACUAUAUUUACUGACAACAUAGUCCUUAGCGUCAGUUAAAAUUCACCGAGAAUCUUUGUUGGUGUAAAAUGAAGAAGUUCUUGAAAGAAAAAAGCACUCAUUGGUUAUAGGCAGAUUAAGAACUUCAGGCUUUAAAUAUUUAUCUUUUUAGGAUGCAAUGAUGAUUAAUGAUUUUUAAGCAUUCAUUCACAUUUAUGCUUAAAAAGCAUAAAUGUGAAUGAACAGGUUGAAGUCAUACUUACAGGAUCAGACAUUUACAGAGACUCCCACCAUUUCCUGACAAUUUCCUCACACUAUUAAAAAUUGUAUUUAAAUGUAUUAGUUUCUUGAAAUGAUUCUAACUCGUAAAUGUUUAUUUUCAACCGAAUUUAAGUUAGGACUGGAGGAAUGUUCUUCAAGUUCUACAAAAUUAGUUUUUAGUAAUUUUGGACAAGCAAAGUGGUGGUAGCAUUGUGCUGAGUAUCUGUUUUGCUGUCAGUGGUAUAUUACACAAAGUGAAGGGAAUAUUGAAGACUGAUGCUGACCUCCAAAAUAUCUUUAAUGCAGAGCUCUGUUUCUCUAAAUAAAAAAUGUUUUGUGUUUUUGAUUAAA